CAGAGGAAGAUCAUUUUAAGAACUUGCAUAUCAGCGCGCUUGGGGCUCAGCUUUAUUUCGCUGUGUUUAAGCUACAGUCCUGAUUUCCUACCACUUCAAAUACAAAGUGUUUUACUGUGUAUUGUAGUUUGACCCUGAUGCGAGAUAAUGUGUGAGAGGUGUUGGUAGGGUCUGCCUACUGUGGAAAUAGCGCAGAAAUGGAAGAAGAUUUAGUGGAAAACAAGGAUUCUACUCAAGGCACAGAUGUGAAACGAGUGCAGAAAUCUGAAACAAAGCGAUACAGUGAGAUCUUCCGAGAUUUUGAUAACCUCGAUUUAUCUUUCAUCUCUUCCUCAGGGGAUGAUCUGCUAGCAGAGAUUGACUCCCAGUCCAUCUCAGAACCUAUCUCUGUAGAAACUGCAGAGACCACAGAGCAACAUGACGUGACCAUAUGUGCCGAACCCAAUGACGUGGAUGGAACUCAGACAGUCCAAGAAGCAGACCUGGCCCUAUGUCGCUGUGAGGAUGGAGUGGAGACGGCGCUGCAGUACGCCAAGUUGUGGUGCCGAUAUGCCAAAGACCUUCUUGCCUGGAUGGAGAAAAGAAUCAGCUUGGAGCAGGAAUUUGCAAAAAGUAUAAUGAAGACGGCUGAAGGAGCAAAAACCAAUGUACUCCAACAGGAAAUGAUGCCAUUACAGUACAUCUACACACUGGCUCUAGAACAAGACAUCAAAAAUUGUCUGAACGCUAGAAGGACUUCUGAUCUGCUGCAAAGUCGCUGUUACCAGGCCUUGAGUGCAAAGAGAAAUGAGAUUGACAAGUGGCGCAGAGAAUUUAAAGAGCAGUGGGCAAGAGAACAAAGGAGGAUGAAUGAAGCAGUGACAGCUUAUAAAAAGGCCAAGCAACAGUACUUCCAGCGCUGUGAAGAGCUAGAAAAGGCGAAAGCUGUCUCUGCUAAGGCUGCAGAUGACACAGUAGGAAGCAAAACACUAGAUAAGAGGAGGAAGUCUAAGGAUGAAGCUCAGACUAAGGUGUUAGAGGCAGAGUUGAUAUAUAAACAGUGUGUGACUGAUGCAAAGAUCCACCAAGAUGAGUUAGUGAAGGUGAAAGAAAGAAUCAUUUCACACAUUCGUAAGCUCAUCUUUCAAGGAGACACUGUGCUCAAAGAGGUCACAGUGAACCUGUUCUACUUCCAGCGUCAGCAGGCAGAGCCUGUUCCACUUGGCUAUCACAACCUGGAGGUAACAUGCAGAGCCCAGGAGUCUGGUGAGCCGUAUCUGCAGUAUGUUCUCAGUAAGCGUCGCCCUGAGCAGAUUCUCCAAAAAUUUACCUUCCAGGAGUAUGUUCCUCACGGUAAAGGCAACAAAAGAAAAACCAGCACUCUGAACACUCUGCCAGACUCGUUCAUGGCAGAUGAUAGUCCUUUGCGACGAUCCAGUGAUUGCAGGAAAACUGGAUAUAGUGACAGUGAGAGCAUCGGAGGCAGUUCGGAGUCCCUGUCUAGCCCUGCUAGGAGGCAGGCUAAAACCGCAUCCACUUUGACAGUGUCAUCAGACGACCUAGAUGACCGGGAUGAAUCAGAGUACAAUGAUAGUCAGCCAGUCAAAGUGCCACAGGUUUCGCGAGCUGCAUUAUCACAUCGACUCAAGAAAAUGAAAAGCAAAAUGGCCAAAUGCAAGCAGUGUGACAACUAUAUUGUUGUCAGUGGGGUUGAAUGUGAAGAGUGUGGCCUAGCUUUGCACAGGAAGUGUAUGGAGGUGUGUCAGCUAGAAUGUGAGCAUAAGAAGGGAUCGGUGUUUGGAGUGGACCUCUCUCUGCUGCCACGUGACAGGCCAGAUGAGGUGCCCUUUGUAGUGAUUCUCUGCACAUCUGAGAUUGAGAGCCGUGCUCUCUCUGUCCAGGGUGUGUAUCGCGUGAGUGGGUCCAAGCCUCGCAUUCAGAAGCUCUGCCAUGCCUUUGAAACACAAAAAGAGCAAGUGGACCUCUCGGACCUCUCACCACAUGACAUCACCUCUAUCCUUAAGCACUUCUUUAAGGAGCUGCCUGAGCCCUUACUAACUUUUGACCUGUACAAUGAUUUCGUCGCGGUGGGAAAAGCAAUUCAGCACCUGAAUGAUGGGGAGACGUCACCAGAGACUAAUGAGAUAAUGGAUAUCACUGACAACCUGCAAAAGCUACUACACAGACUUCCUCCAUAUUGCUACAGCACCUUGCAGCACCUUGUAUCUCAUCUUCAAAGAGUUUCAGAAAACUACGAGAACAAGAUGUCUCCCAGCAAUUUAGGCAUUGUUUUUGGGCCAACGUUAUUGCGCCCUCUAGUGUCGACAGACAUGUCAAUGAUUGCCCUCUUGGAGACCACCUACCAGGCUGUACUUGUUGAGUUCCUCAUCACACACCACGACAAAAUAUUCGGCCUGGAGAAGGGAUCCGAUACACCCCCUCCUCCACCCCCUACUGCACCUCUUCCUGACACCCCUCCCAGAGGUUCCUGCCCCUUGGAUGGGGUAGCUUAUCUCGACUCAGAAAAUGAAACCACCUCCAGAGAGCGGCCACGCUCAGUAGAAAAUCGAAUCAAGAGAGAGUCAAGCGAGGGUUAUAUAUCUGACAAGUCUUCAUCCAAUGAGGCAGUGGACCAGCUCAGCGCUGAAGCCAGUGAGAGAGCAGUCCUGGCUAUGAGAGAUGUAUCAAGUGAUCCUCAGGGUGAGAUGGUUGGAGAAGCUACCUCUGAUUUAGGAGUCCAGCCAUACUACCGUUUCACCAGACAGCCUGUGAAGUAUCACCGACAUCAUAAUACAGGAACCCGAGUCUCGAACCCAGCAUGUGCAGCCAGACAGGCUGCACCUCAACUGAGGGGCCACACAGGAAGUGCAGACAGCAGUCGCAGCUCUUCUCCAGAGCCAGGGGCACAAAGACUUUCUCGAGACAUAGAUAUCCAUUAUGAGGGCAUUCUUGAGCCCCAGCAUGUGACUACUGACACAGAGAAUAAAAUGGAUGCCCCACUAAGCCCCCGUGAGGUUGUGCAGUACAUGCUGGGCUUGGACUCUACGUAUGCACCACUUUCACCUUCUACAGCAUCCAGUGCAACGCAGGCUGCUGAAGAGGUGGCAGGAGGAUGUCGAGCAAAUCGCAACAUAAAUCAGAGCAAUAACAAGCAGAGUACUGGACAUUAUCACCAUCUGUGUUCGUCACCAAAGACAAUUCCUGUUGAGAAAAAUGUUACCUCACCGGCCCAGAAGAUCCUGUCUGGUCUAAGGCUGAGACGCAGCCACUCAGGGAAGGAUGAGCAGCUCUUUGUCUGAGGGAAGAUAAAAAUCUGCAGAUGGUUCACUGGAAUGAUUUCACAUACAGCAAAGGACAUCAUUAAUAUGACCAUUAUUGUAUGUAACAACAAAUGCUUCUGUCAAUAUUACCAUUAUUAUGCCUUUAUUAUGAAUAGAAUACAUCCACAUUUUAGGUGCAAAUGUCACCACAGGAACACAAAGUCUUUAGUCAUCAAACCUACUGAACUAACAUAUGAAACACAGGGAAAAGUUCAAUCCUGGUGCCUGCUUGGAUUAACACUUAAUCUUCUUUAGAUUUUGGUCUGUUGAUAAUCCAGCAGUUCACUAAACAGACCACACAUGAGAAGUUUAUAUAUUAUUUUUUUAAUUAGCUCUUGUGUUUUGAAUUAAUUAGCAGGCGAGGUGAAAAGAUACAAACUAGCACCUGAGUAUAACGGUUUUGACCCGAGCAAACUGUUAUGAAUAUUUGUAAAAUGUGUCAUCAAUAUAAUGCUGUUUUACAUUUGUUGUGCUUUCCCAAUAUAUUAUUGCCUAUAAAUGAAAAAUUUUAUAGUCUGUAAACAAA